AAAAAUUUGGCCCCUUUGCAGGGGAGAAGCGGAUGCCGCAGGAACUGGAUGAGAACACAGACUGCAGGCUUAUGUGGGAAGUUCGUGGGGGUAAAGGUGAGGUCCUUUAUAUCCUGGAUGCAAGCAAUCCACGCCAUUCUAAUUGGCUGCGCUUUGUCCAUGAGGCUCCGUCACAGGAACAGAAGAACCUGGCAGCCAUCCAGGAAGGGGAAAAUAUUUUCUAUCUGGCUGUGGAAGAUAUUGAAACAGACACAGAACUUCUAAUUGGGUACUUGGACAGUGACAUGGAAGAAGAGGAGGAAGAGGAAGAAGAAGUGACUGUUAUCCAGGAAGACGAGGACAGUGGCAACAACAAAGAAGUGCAACCAGCUAGUGAAAAAAAUGCAGAUCCCCUCACCUGCAAAGAGGACCAUGUAUGCCCAAACUGUGAAUCCAGUUUUGCCAGCCAGGAGAUUCUAGCUGAACAUCUUCAGACUUUGCACCAAAAACCCAGUGAGGAAAAGGAAUUUAAGUGCCGAAACUGUGGAAAGAAAUUCCCUGUUAAACAAGCUCUACAAAGACAUGUACUUCAGUGCACAGAGAAUAUCAGCCCAGGAGACUCUUCAAGAAGUUUUCAGUGCUCUGUUUGCAAUACUUCCUUCAGCUCAGAAUCGAGUUACGAACAGCACAAGGAGGCAUGCAGAGGGGAUGCCAGAUUCAUAUGCAAGGCAGAUAGCUGCGGGAAGAGGUUCAAGAGUAAGGAUGCCCUGAAAAAACAUAAAGAAAACGUUCACAGUGGAAAUUCUAGGAAGAAGCUGAUGUGUUCAGUGUGCAAUAAGAAAUGUUCCUCAGCAACAAAUCUCCAAGAGCAUCGAAAGGUCCAUGAGAUCUUUGAGUGUCAGGAAUGUGACAAGAAAUUUAUUUCAGCUAACCAGCUAAAACGCCAUAUGAUAACUCAUUCAGAACAGGUACAGCACAGACAGCAGCACUGCGAGCUUCCCCACAGUGUCUCGUCAAUAUGUCUCAACCCUGUUCUGGAGGAACCACCUGUUGAGACCCAUUCUGAAGAGAGACCAUUCCAGUGUGAGGAAUGCAAAGCUUUGUUCCGAACCCCAUUCUCUCUACAAAGACAUCUGUUAAUCCAUAACAGUGAGAGGACCUUCAAGUGCGAUCACUGUGAUGCUACUUUCAAAAGAAAGGACACGUUAAAUGUUCAUAUUCAAGUUGUACACGAUGGACAUAAGAAAUACAAGUGUGAUCUCUGUGACAAAGCUUUUGUGACACCCUCAGUCCUGAAGAGUCAUAAAAAAACUCACACAGGAGAAAAAGAGAAGAUUUGCCCAUACUGUGGACAGAAGUUUGCAAGCAAUGGAACACUGAGAGUUCAUAUUCGAAGCCAUACAGGUGAGCGUCCUUACCAGUGUCCUUAUUGUGACAAAGCUUUCAGUAAGAAUGAUGGAUUGAAGAUGCAUAUUCGCACCCACACAAGGGAAAAGCCAUACCAGUGUUCAGAGUGUAACAAGGCUUUCAGUCAAAAGCGAGGCCUAGAUGAGCACAUGAGAACCCACACCGGAGAGAAGCCGUUUCAGUGUGAUGUUUGUGACCUGUCCUUCAGCCUGAAGAAGAUGCUGAUCCGACACAAGCUGACUCACAACCCCAAUCGACCGAUGGCAGAAUGCCAGCUUUGCCACAAGAAGUUUACAAGAAAUGACUACCUCAAAGUGCACAUGGAAAAUGUCCAUGGUGAAACUGACAGCUAAUUACGGCGUGUGUGAGAAGAAUGGAUCUUGCGUUCCAAAGUGCUCCACUUGUAUGUGUACAAAAUCCAGACUUCUCACCUCACUAAUAAGAAUAGUCAGGAGAAACAACUGUAAUGUGUUCACAUGUUGUUUUUCUCACUUUUUUAAAUACACUAGUAGGAUAAAAACCAAAGACAGACAUUCACCCAAAGUAAAAUGUAGCUUGAAAAUAAAAAGUUGAA